GGCGGCCGAGCGGAUGCCAACAUGCAGAUCUUUGUGAAGACCCAGACGGGCAAGACCAUCACUCUAGAGGUCCAGCCCAGUGACACCAUCGAGAAUGUCAAGGCCAAGAUCCAAGGCAAGGAGGGCAUCCCACCAGACCAGCAGAGGCUGAUAUUUGCCGGCAAGCAGCUGGAGGAUGGCCACACCCUGUUGGACUACAACAUCCAGAAAGAGUCCACCUUGCACCUGGUGCUGCGCCUGCGUGGUGGCAUCAUCGAGCCGUCCCUUCGUCAGCUCGCCCAGAAGUACAACUGUGACAAGAUGACCUGCCACAAGUGCUAUGCACGCCUGCACCCCCGUGUGGUCAACUGCCGCAAGAAGUGCGGCCAUAUCAACAACCUGCGCCCCAAGAAGAAGGUCAAAUAA